GGCGCCCUCAUCGAUAGAGUGCAUUCAGUUUGCUUUUCCGUGGAUUUUGUGAUCGUGAGGAGAAUUCCUAUAAAAUCCUGCCAAAAUGGGGAGACGAUCGAUCAAUACCACAAAAAGUGGGAAGUAUAUGAAUCCUACUGAUCAAGCAAGGAAGGAAGCAAGAAAAAGGGAAUUAAAGAAGAACAAGAAGCAGCGUAUGGCAGUGAGAGCUGCUGUCUUGAAGAACAAAGAUCCAUUAGGUUUACUACAAGACUUAGAAGCAUUGGAUGAACUUGAAUUGAAUCCAGAGGUGAAGACAGACCUGAAUGAGAAAGUUAUCAAGGAAAAGAGAAAGAAAAUCAAAGAAACCCUUGAUAGAGUUUUAAAACUAUAUAGCCGUGAGGAACCAGAACGUUACAAUGAAUUCAAGAAGGCAGAGAAGAAAUAUGAAAAACAGAGAACCACAAAAGUCAAGGAAUAUGAGGCUAUUAGAGAUGCAAGACAGGUGACGGUGGAAUCUAUCCCGCUCCCAGAUGCCCCAAAUGCCCCCUCUGCCAUACCCCUCCCUCAGGAUAUCCCCCUCCCAGGGGCACAGCCGCCCUCCAUCUUGAAGAAAAGCUCAUCAUAUGGCCCACCGUUGAUACCGCCCCCAUUCAUGGCAACCCUUCCUCCUGUGCUACCCACCCUGACCUGGCCAUAUUGUCUCCCUAAUGGGAAGAAACCCCCAGGACCACCACCAGGCUUGCCACCAGGGGUAUCUGUACCGCCCCCUGGACCCCCUUCGGGUCUUCCUCCACAUCUUGCUGCUGUACAUGAAAUGGAACAGUUACUAAGAGCUGAAAGAGAUGAAGAGCUAUCCUCCGAUGAAGAUGAGGACAUGGAGGAAGAGACAAGGAAAAGAAAGAAUGAAUCAGACGAGAUGGAGACCGAUGACAGCGAUAGUGAGGACGAGAGAGAGCGAGAGAGGAGGAGAGCUGAAAGCAGCAGUGACAGCGAUACAGAAGACAGCAUGGCUGACGAACGUGAAAGGGAAGAACGAGAAAGGGAAGAGGAGAGGCAGAAGGAGAUGGGUAGAAGGUUACGGCAGGACAGUGAUAAUGAUCGGGAUGACGAUGAUGAUGAUUAUCGCAGAAGAAGACGACGCAGGAGAAGGUCGAGCAGCGAUGAAGAAGAUUAUAGAGAAAAGGAGAAGAGAUCUGUUCGUUUUGCUGAUGAUGGUGAGAAUGAAGAGAGUUCUGAGGCUACCUUGAGUCGGAAACUACCCCCUGGAAUGACACCUUUGCAAGCCAGGAUGUUGGCUAUGGCAGGACAACAGAUACCUGUAGCAGCAGAGAAAGACGAAGAGGAGGAAGAAGAUGAGGAGGAACAAGAAGAUGGAAGGGGUCAUGAUAAGGAAGACGAUGAAGAAGAUGAAGGUGAUAGUGACAGGAAAGGUGAACAGCCAGUGGAUGAACAGUUGGAGGCUCUCAGGAAAGUUGUAGCAGCAGCAAAAGCUGUAAUUCCUGCAAGCAGCGUGAGUACAUCUGUUACAGCGGCAGGACUUGUAGCUCCUCCAGCACGGCUUCCUCCUGGUCCACCACCCACAGCUCCUCCAGGCUUCCCACCAGGUAUGCCUGUACCUACAGGGGUGCCUCCCAACUUCAACAGACCUCCACCUCUUCGCCCACCUCCCCCACCCCUCAGGAUGAUCCCUCCAGGUCCCCCUGCUGGCCGACCUCCUGCACCACCUCCAGGACCACCACCAGGUGUCCCACCACUCCUUCGAGGUGGUCCACCUCCACGCUUAACCCUUCCUCCCGGUAUGCUGCCCCCUCCUCGCCUUCCGAUGCCUCCUCUAAGACCUGGUGUGCCACGCUUGGAGAACCCCAAUGUCUUCUCUGCUGCGCCUAUGAUCAGACGCCUCCCAACAAGAGCAGAAGAAGCUGCUGACGUCAAGUCCUCUGCUACCAUUGAAGCCAAACCCCAGAUCAGGAAUCUCACUGCAGAUGUGACUCGCUUCAUGCCAACUUCGCUUCGUGUGAAGAGAGACGCUAAGGGUAAAACAAAGGGCCUGAAAGUGGGUGGAGUGGAAGAAGCAGCCAUGGCUCCGGCUAUGAAACCCAACCCUGCUGUACAGUCAGCCACCAAGGACGAUGCUUAUGAUCAAUUCAUGAAAGAAAUGGGUGAACUCAUGUAAAUGUGUGGUAACUUUCACUUUAAUUGGACUUGCAGCUUCCAUAUUACGCGAUCAUGAACAGCUUUGUCAAAAUCAUUCAUCAGGCCUAUUGUCAUUGAAGCUUCUGCUAUGGCUUGUCUUGCUCAAUACAAGUAAAAGACUGCUGUUCUUAUUUUUUAAACACAAAAUGGCAUGUAUGUGGUCACUUAUCCUUUAACCCUAACUAGGCUAUGACAUCCCCGGCCAUUGGCCAUGUGAUCAUGCGAAAAUUAAACAUAGGUUAUCAACGGCCUAAUCUACAGAAUAGUACAGAUAUUUUUUUUCAAGAAAAUAAGUUUUAUUCAAUUAUGCUGAUUUAUGUGUAAUAAACAUGUUAAAUCAUACUUUUUGCUCCAACUCCUGAAACGAAGCUCCGAAUGUGCUAAUUUAGGGUGUAGGUGGUGUUUUUAGCAAGUGUACUUUUAUUUUUGCAAUUUCUUUUUGGUGUAUUCUACCGUUUUCACCAUUUUUGCAAUGAAAUUGUUGGUAACACUAAUGCAAUCAUAACAGCAUAAAAUGAAGUAAGUUGAAUCAGUAAAAGCAAAAAUAUUCAUUGAUUUAUGGUAUUUUGCUGAAAACACAAAUUGUAUAAUUGUACACAAAACCAUGUUUUUUAGGAAAUGUUGGUGCGACACAUGUAAAGUACUUCAGAACCCAGUUGUCGCAGAUGUAGUCAUGGUGAAAGCAUUUCACGUUGCAAACAUAUUGUGUGAAGCAUUGGGGGGGGGGGGGCUGCCAGCCCCCAGUAUAGUUAGGGUUAAUGUAUACUAUUAAGCAUUUGAGACCUCAUGACAUAACACUUCAUUGCAUAUCAUUUUUGUACACCCUUCCUAAGACGGGACGUAUUAUGGUAUCACGCUCGGUGUCCGUCCGUCUGUCCGUUAACUUUUCCUUAUUAGCGCGAUAACUUUAGUUUGACUUACCUAGGCUCAUAUAAUUUGGUGUGUAUGAUACUAGCAUGGAUCCAAGGAAGCCUAUUGAUUUUGAGGUCAAGGUCAGAGUGACCUAUUUUCAUCUUACCCUUCUGCAGUCCUUGUAAACGCGAUAACUUCAGUUUUAUCUUAACCUAUGCUCAUAUAAUUUGGUGUGUGAUACUAGCAAGGAUCCCAGGAAGCCUAUUGAUUUUGAGGUCCAAAGGUCAAGGUCACACUGACAUGUUUUCAUCUUACCCUUCUGCAGUCCUUGUAAACGUGAUAACUUCAGUUUAACUUAAUCUAGGCUCAUACGGUAUGGUAUGUAUGAUACUAGCAUAGAUCCUAGCAAUUCUAUUGAUUUUGAGGCCAAAAGUUCAAAGGUGAAGUCGCCAGCCACCUUCUACUUUUCUUGCUUGACCAAUAACUCAAUUUUCUGCGUUACAGACGGGCGUAUUAUGUGCUCACCUUAGCGACACUCUUGUUUUAAAUCUUUGUCAUAUUUGUUCAGAAACAUCAGAUUAUACAUGUAGUUUGAAUUAUCUUAGACAAUUGACCAGUAAGAUUUUAUAUACGUCUACAUGUAUAUAAAUCUGUACCCUGUGUUUAAACUUGAAAGUCCCUUGUAACAAUCAAACUAAACUUUCAAAGUCUACUCAUGUUGCAGGUACAUCUCAAGGCACUAGCUCAGUAAAGGUCCUCUUUCACAUUGGUUUUCUCAAGGUCUCAGAGGUUUUGAACUUGAAUGAUUAUGGUCUAGAAUGAUUACACCAUGUGAAAUAUGAAUGUCUGGUUUAUAUGGCCACGGCAUCUUACAGAAUAAAACAUGUGUAUCACUUGAUGUGAAUAUUUAAAGUUGGAAGAAACUACUGGUCAAUUUCUGAAUCGUCAUAUGAAACUGAUGUGUAAUUUUAUGGUUUCAUGUCUUUUUCUUCUUAGGUGUAAAUUACAAAUAAUUUUGGAAACACAUGUAGCCAAAUUGAUUAGGUUUCUUAGAAUAAUUCUAAACCAACAACUGAAGGUAGUUAGUAAUUUAUAUAUUAUGUUAAUUGUUGUAAAGGUGUAGAUGUUCUUCUUCCCAUGUGUUAUGAUUCUCUGUACCAUCCAAUUUUGAGGUUAUUGAAUUCACUCAAAACUCUUGAGGCAGAGGAGUUCUGAUGAUAUACAUUUAUAAAUAGAUUUUAAACAUUAUAUGUGUUUGUAUAAUAUGCCAGUUGAUAAAUUGCAAUGUCAAAUAGCA